UUACACCAUGCAACUAAUUGCGCAAUUAAUGGCACAAUUUCUUGCAGCAAUAGAAAUUGCAUCGUGUCAUACGCGAAUUGCACAGAAAAGCUGCAACUCCUUGCUGCAAGAAUAAGUUGCAGCUAAAUAGAACAUGUCCUAUUUUUCAUGCAAUUUUUUCUGCAAUUUGGUUAUAUUUUUAGUAACUUUUAAGGCUACAGUGUUUGUUUUUACUUUUCUGCUGUCAACAAAUAAAAGAUUUUGAUGACAUUGAACUUCUGUCAUCUUAAAUUUCAAACCAAACAAUUUAUUAACAAAACUAGAGGAACUUUUUACCAAUUUCACGCUUCACAGAUAAUAUUAUUCAGGUGAAUAACUUUAAUUAUGCAACAUAGGGAUUAAAAAAACUAUUUUAUUUCUUACAACUUGUUUCCUUUUGUAAAUGAAUAAUAUGUAUUACAUACUUGGAUUAGGUAUUAAUUGAUUUUGUUAUACUUAAUACAUAUUAUAAUUUUCUCAAAUUAUAAUCUAACAUCUUUAAUCUAAUAUCUGAUAAUUCUACUCAAAAAAUUACAUUUAAUUUGUAAAAACAAACAUAACCUAAAAUUUAUGCUAUUUUGUCAAAGUUUCUGUCUAUUUCAUGUCAGUUUAUGCAAUUGUUUGCACCGUGUAAUCACUUUAUUGCAGAAAGUUAGUUGCAACUUAUUGCACAAGUUCUUGCGCAAGAAAUUGUGCAAUUAAUUGCGCAAUUACUUGCAUCGUGUAAAGUGGCUAUAUGAGUAUGUAUGGUUUGUGUUUAAUGUGUUGUUAUUUUGUCAUCCAGUGUUGACAGUGACAGUUCAUUGGUUGUUAUGGUUAUAUUUAUUAUUGUGCUAAUGCCACAUCAUCAACAUAUAUUGCAAAAAUUACAUUAAAAUUUUUAAACAAUAAUAUUAAAUAUUGUUUCAUAAACUAAUAGUAAAAAAUCAGUGAUAUUAUGUUUUGGUUACGUUUUUUUAUUGAGAUAUACACUUUAGUUGGAUUUUCAGGCUAAAUCCACAAAACAAUUAGCAUUUUUUCGGCCUACCCUCUUAUUUCCUAAUUUUCCUAAUUUUUAUUAGCUAUGGCCAACAAAAUCCUGGCUAUGGCAGUAAAAGCUGAUAUUAAGGAUCAUUUUGUUGAAGACGACCCAAGAUAUAUAGAGAGUCAGUUGUCUACAUCCCUGGAUCUGGGGGACCUGAAGAAUGAAGCAGAUUACAAUAACUCAGGUAAGACAAUUAUGGAAAUAAAAGGUAGAAUUAAGGAAGAAUUCGUUGAAGGCAGUGCCAGAUAUAUAAAGGAUCAGUUGUCUACAUCUUGCGAUCUGCGAGACUUGAAGAAUGAGGCUGGAAGUGAAGAUCCAUCAGUUAUGGUGGUAAAAGGUGAAACUAAGGACGAGUUGGAUGAAGGUGAUUCAAGAUAUGUAGAGAGUCAGGAAUCCACCUCCGUUGAUCUGGGCGACUUGAAGAAUGAACCAGAUGAGUCAGGUUAUCUCCAAGAAGAAAUCAAACUGGAAAUUAAUAAGACAUUAAUUGAACAUGCAUCUGACGAAGGAAAUAAUAUCAGUGGAGACGCUGAAGGAAAAACAUUAAACAAAAAUAUGGAAGUAGUGACUGGACAGAGACCUUACAAGUGCAAAACUUGUUUAAAGCAGUUUGGGGACGUACAUAAAUUGAAAACACAUUUGAGAGUGCACACUGGAGAAAAACCAUACACGUGUGAAAUUUGUUUUAAGCAAUUUAGUGCAGCAGGUAGUUUGAAAAGACAUUAUAAAGUGCACACAGGAGAAAAACCAUAUAGGUGUGCAAUUUGUUUUAAACAGUUUGGGGAAGUACAUAAAUUGAAAGUACAUUUGAGAGUACACACUGGAGAAAAACCGUACAAGUGUGAAAUUUGUUUUAAACGAUUCUCUCAAAGCGGUUCAAUGCAAAUCCAUUUAAGAACGCACACUGGAGAAUUAGGUACUUUCUCUUCAGUGCACACAGGAGAAAAAUCAUACAAGUGUGAAAUUUGUUUUGAGCAAUUUAGUGAAGCAGCUAGUUUGAAAACACAUUUGAGAGUGCACACUGGGGAAAAACCUUAUAAGUGUGAAAUUUGUUUUAAGCAAUUUAGUGCAGCAUGUACUUUGAAAAGACAUUUAAGUGUGCACACUGGGGAAAAACCUUACAAGUGCGAAAUUUGUUUUAAGCAGUUUUCUCAGAGAGUUAGUUUGAAAACACAUUUUAGGUUGCACACCGGGGAACAACCUUACAAGUGUGAAAUUUGUUUUAAGCAAUUUAAUGAAGCAAGUAAUUUGAAAACACAUUUGAGAGUGCACACUGGGGAUAAACCGUACAAAUGUGAAACUUGUUUUAAACGAUUUUCUCAAAAAGAUUCAAUUAAAACCCAUUUAAGAACGCACACUGGAGAAGUAGGUACUUUCUCUCCAGUGCACAAAGGAGGAAAACCAUACAAGUGUGAAAUUUGUUUUGAGCAAUUUAGUGAAGCAGCUAGUUUGAAAACACAUUUGAGAGUGCAUACUGGGGAAAAACCUUAUAAGUGUGAAAUUUGUUUUAAGCUAUUUAGUGAAGCAUGUAAUUUGAAAAUACAUUUAAGUGUGCACACUGGGGAAAAACAUUACAAGUGCGAAAUUUGUUUUAAGCAAUUUAGUGUACCAGGUAGAUUGAAAACACAUUUGAAAGUGCACACUGGGGAAAAACCUUUUAAGUGUGAAAUUUGUUUUAAGCAAUUUAGUGAAGCAUGUAAUUUGAAAAGACAUUUAAGUGUGCACACUGGGAAAAAACCUUACAAGUGCGAAAUUUGUUUUAAGCAGUUUUCUCAGAGAGUUAGUUUGAAAACACAUUUUAGCUUGCACACCGUGGAACAACCUUACAAGUGUGAAAUUUGUUUUAAGCCAUUUAGUGAAUCAGGUAGUUUGAAAAUACAUUUGAGAGUGCACACUGGGGAAAAACCAUACAAGUGUGAAAUUUGGUUAAAACGGUUUAGUAUAGCGAAUAGUUUGAAAAGGCAUUUGAGAAGACACACUGGAGAAAAACCUCUCAAGUGUGAAAUUUGUUUAAAGCAGUUUAAUGAAGCAGGUAGUUUGAAAAUGCAUUUGAGAGUGCACACUGGGGAAAAACCAUAUAAGUGUGAAAUUUGUUUAAAGCAGUUUAGUGCACCAAAUAGUUUGAAAAUACAUUUCACAACGCAUACUGGAGACAAACUUCACAAGUGUGAAAUUUGUUUUAAACGGUUUACUCAAGUAUGUAAUUUGAAAAAGCAUUUGAGAGUGCACACUGGAGAAAAACCAUACAAGUGUGAAAUUUGUUUUAAACAGUUUAGUGCAUCAGAAUAUUUGAAAAUACACUUAAAAAGGCACACUGGAGAAAAACGACACGAGUGUGAUAUUUGUUUUAAACAGUUUAUUGACACAAGUAAAUUGAAAAGGCAUUUGAAAGUGCAUACUGGGGAACAACCAUACAAGUGUGAAAUUUGUUUUAAGCAAUUUAGUGAAACGACUACUUUGAAAAGACAUUUGAGAGUGCACACUGGAGAAAAACUUCAUAAGUGUAAAAUUUGUUUUAAACAGUUUAUUGAAACGUAUCAAUUGAAAGCACACUUAAGAACGCACACUGGGGAAAAACCUUACAAGUGUGAAAUUUGUUUAAAGCAAUUUAGUGAAGCGGGUCAUUUGAAAACCCACUUAAGAACGCACACUGGACAAAAACUUCAUAAGUGUGAAAUUUGUUUAAAGCAGUUUAGUCAAGCGGGUCAUUUGAAAACACACUUAAGAACACACACUGGAGAAAAACCUCACCAGUGUGAAAUUUGUUUAAAGCAGUUUAGUGAAGCGGGUCAUUUGAAAUCACACUUGAGAACACAUACUGGGGAAAAAUCCUACAAGUGUGAAAUUUGUUUUAAGCAGUUUAGUGAAGCAAGUAGUUUAAAACCACACUUAAGAACACACACUGGAGAAAAACCUUACAAGUGUGAAAUUUGUUUAAAGCAGUUUAGUCAAACGGGUCAAUUGAAAUCACACUUGAGAACGCAUACUGGGGAAAAACCUUAUAAGUGUGAAAUUUGUUUUAAGCAGUUUAGUGGAGCAAGCAGUUUGAAACCACACUUAAGAACGCACACUGGAGAAAAACCUUAUACGUGUGAAAUUUGUUUUAAGCAGUUUAAUCAGAAUAGUAGUUUGAAAAAACACUUGAGAAUGCACACUAGAAAUACCCCUUAAAUGUGAAAUUUGUUUUAAGCUGUUUUCUCACAAACACUGUUCGAAAAUAUGAUAGUUAUAUAAAUAUCAAAAUAUCAGAUAUACGUACAAUAGAACCCCAAUUAUCCGUACGCGUAUUAUCCGUGCUGUGAUUUUCCAUUAGUCAAAUUCAAUUUGUGAGGGUUUAUCGAAAUAGCUUCACCAUAAAUCACUCUAAGGGCCGGUUGUUCGUACGCUAAUCAACAAUGAUCAUUAUCAAAUAUUUAAUUACUGUCACCAACUGUCAAUGUCAACUUUGUUUGGGUUGCUGAAAACAUAAUUAAUUACAAUAAUUAUGAGAUUUAUUAAUCGAUUAUGUUAAUAAUUGUUAUGUUAAUUGAUUAACUAAUCUCAUAAUUGUAAUCAAAUAUGUUUUCAGCAACCCAAACAAAGUUGACAUUGACAGUUGGUGACAGUAAUUAAAUAUUUAAUAAUAAUCAUUGUUGAUUAGCGUUUGAACAACCGGCCCUAAGGAAACUAUAUACGUCGUGAGGGAGACGCAUAAUGCAAUAUCGAUAGCAACAGUGCUCAGGGAAAUAAUGUCAUCUGCUUGUCAUCUGCCUGUUGCUGACUUCCAAAAUAGCAAUAACUACAGUAAGACACAAAGAGUUAUUUUAACAACUGAACAAAAGCUACUAGAUUUUAAAUAGAAGUGAAAAGGGUUAACAUGUUGCAUCUUUAUCACGAAUCUAUGAAGUUGGCGGGCAAACAAUACCGCAUCUCAAUAAAUCUCUAUGAGUUUACAAACAUUUUAAUCUCAGUUUGACAGUUUUAAAAACAUAUCUGCACGGAAAUCAUUGUAAAGAUCGACUUUUCAACAAGUCGAUAAAGCCCUUUACAACCAAGUGGUUUCUACAGGAAAGAACGGAGAGCGUAACAAUCUAUGGACCAAUGUUUGCUAAGCAAGCUGAUUUUCACGAACACUUGAAAAUCAAAGAACCUUUUAAACUGAUUCAUCUGAAAAUGAAAGUCGAGACGAAAAAAACGAUGUGACGGUAGCGAUCUAAACAGCAAUUAAUUAGGAGGAUGAGGAAGCUGCCAAUAUUAUAUACUAGACUAUUUUGAGUAACGAGAACCUUCAGACCUUGUUGAUAUUUUGAACUUACGAAGAAUAUGUCAGAGGACAAAAAAUUCUAUUAUUUUUAACACAGGCCAAACUGACUGUUCGAACCUAUAAGAUUAAUUUUUUCUGUUAUGUUUUUAUGACAAGUACAUAAUAAAUUUAUAUGUUCGGAUUAUCCGUGUUUUUCAAUUAUCUGUGCCAUGUCCGAUCCCGUGGAGCACGGAUAAUCGGGGUUCUACUGCAUAUCCAAAUAAUGUUGAUAUUUAUUUUGCACAUUCGGUAUUAUGUGUUUUCAUGUAAUAUGUAAUGUAAUAAAUAAUACAAAGAA